AUAAUCGCGCGCUGCCCCCGAGCCCAGAGUCGGGCGCUAGAGCUCCGUGUGUUCGGGUCGGUCUUCUUUCUUCUUCUUCUCCUCCCAUUCUCUCUCUCUUUCUCUCUCUCUCUCUCUCACUCACUCUCCCACACCAGGCCGUGUGCGUGCUUCGAAAGGGAUAUAAAGAGCGAGCGCGCGGCAGGUACUCACGGGCAUCGAAAGGAGGAACUCGCGCGUGUUGUACACGACGAAGUAGCUUAACAGCAGCAGCAGCAGUAGCAGCAGACACGAUGGCACUUUUCCGAAUCAGCAGCCGGCGAUGCCUCGAGCUCCAGAAGCUGAACAGCAUUGGAAUCCGUGCGCUGUCCGACGGCUCGACCGACCUCAGGAAAGUCCUCGCCGAUAAGAUCCCCAAGGAGCAGGAGCGCAUCAAGGCCUUCCGCAAGCAGCAUGGAGCCACCAAAGUCGGCGAAGUCACCGUCGACAUGAUGUACGGUGGUAUGCGCGGUAUCAAAGGUCUGGUCUGGGAGCCCUCAGUACUGGACGCCGAGGAGGGCAUCCGUUUCCGUGGCAAGUCAAUCCCGGAGUGCCAAAAGCUCCUGCCCAAGGCUCCGGGUGGCGCCGAGCCUCUUCCCGAGGGUCUCUUCUGGCUGCUCAUCACCGGGGACGUUCCCAACGACGCCCAGGUCAAGGCCAUCUCCAAGGAGUGGGCCGCCCGUAGCUCCCUGCCCGCCCACGUGACCAAGGCCCUGAACGACCUGCCCAAGCACAUCCACCCCAUGACCCAGUUCUCCGCGGCCAUCACGCUCCUCAACAGCGAGAGCGAGUUCGUCAAGGCCUACACCGGCGGAGUUCACAAGAGCAAGUACUGGGAGACCGUCUACGAGGACUCGAUGAACCUCAUUGCCAAGCUGCCCGUCAUCGCCGCCACCAUCUACAGGAACGUCUACAAGGGUGGCAAGGGAAUCGGCUCGGUCGACGCUGGCAAGGACUGGUCGUACAACUUCGCGACGAUGUUGGGCUACGACAACCCCGAAUUCAUCGAGCUCAUGCGUCUCUACCUCACCAUUCACUCCGACCACGAGGGUGGCAACGUCUCCGCCCACACCACCCACUUGGUCGGCUCGGCCCUGUCCGACCCCUACCUGUCCUUCGCCGCCGGUAUGAACGGUCUGGCCGGUCCUCUCCACGGUCUCGCCAACCAGGAGGUGCUCGUCUGGCUCGAGAAGCUUCGCAAGGCUGUCGGCGACAACCCCAGCGACGAGAAGCUCAAGGACUUCAUCUGGAGCACUCUGAAGAGUGGACAGGUCGUUCCUGGAUACGGACACGCCGUACUCAGGAAGACCGACCCCAGGUACACCUGCCAGCGGGAGUUCGCUCUCAAGCACUUGCCCGACGACAAUCUAUUCAAGCUGGUGUCGCAAGUCUACAAGGUUGUACCUCCGAUCCUCCUGGAGACCGGCAAGGUCAAGAACCCGUGGCCCAACGUAGACGCCCACUCUGGUGUUCUCCUCCAGUACUACGGCAUGAAGGAGAUGAACUACUACACCGUGUUGUUCGGCGUUUCGCGCGCCCUUGGUGUCUUGGCCAACCUUGUCUGGGCCCGUGCCCUUGGUCUGCCCAUCGAGAGGCCCAAGUCUCUCAGCACCGAUCUCCUCAUGAAGGCCGUCAAGGCGGCUUAAGUCAUCGACUCCCGCCCCAUACCGCCAAGCCAACCAUCUCCCCAAACUUGUGGCGAGUCGCUGCGCUGUGUUCCUUCGUCCCCGCAACGGACGGAAUCGAUCAUCAGCCCUCGCUCUCCACACCUUAGUUCGAGAAAAGAAAAUAACGUCACCCAAUUAAACUGUUUAAGUCGACCGGCCAACAACUAUACCCUCGUCUCAUCAUUGUUACGAGCACACGUUACACGCAUGUACACGCAGCUAUACCUGUAAUUACACACAUCCGGCAUACGCGCGCGUCUGGUAAACUGCCAAUACUGCCGGCGCUCGACGCGAAUCACGAAUUUCAUUGGUAGAGUCGUAACGAUAGUUGUCGCGUUGUACAUGUACGAAACGGGUAUUUGAAAAAAUGAACAAUCACUUUGGACUAGAGAUGAAAAGCAGAAGACUUGUCUCAAAAGAAAAGCGCCUCGCGCCUUAUCUUAAUGCUCGUAUAUGUCGUGCAGCGCUUCUGUCAUACGAGCAAGCAUUAUAAUGUUGCUAAAGUUAUUAACGAGUAGUCGAGAUAUGAUACAGAGUAAGAACUUGGAAUCGAGGUGUUGUUGUUGGUGUUGUACACUUAUACACACACACGGACAUACUGGAACCUGAAAUGUAGUAAAAUGACACAGCGCAAGUGCGCGAGUAAUUAACGAUUAAGUAGGGCAAGAAAAAACUCGAGUAUUCUCUUGAUAGGUCGACAACAUUACAUACAAAAAUUUUUCUUCAGAAAGAACAGUGAGCUGGAUCGGAGUGAAUGAGCUAUAACAUAGCUGAGACGAAAGGAUGCGAACGAGUGAGAUUGUGAAAAAGCACGCGAGCGAUAUUCACGUUGAGAAUUCAACAUAAAAACAAGAAUAUAAAAGAAAAAAUCAUGGAAAAACGGAUAGAACAAGCCACGAGUGUGUGCACCGCAGCGACGUCGUAGAAUCAAUUGUAGCGCGUCCGCGGAUAUCACUCGACCGGCAAGGAGGAAAGUGUAGACAAAAAAUAACUGAAGAAAAUGUUAUGCCUAGACAAUACGGUGUGACUAGUAUUAGUCGAGCGACCCCUGUAACCGCGUCACACGAUUUUAAUUAUAUUCUAGAAUCAUAGGAAUUUAAAACGAACUUUUACGAAACCACCGACGAUUUAAUUAACAUUUUUAUUUGUUAAAGAACUCGAACUCCCUCCAACUUAGAAGCAAUAUAUUUACAACAUGGCAACGUGGGGGUGGCGUAAACGUCGUUUUAUGAUCCACCAUUUUGGUGCUGUUAUUAGCAAUAUAGCGUCUGCCACGCUCUGUACGUUCGCCGUUGAAGAAGCUAUUGCUCGUCGAUUGAAUCAAUUUGUAAUUUUCUUUUUAUUAGUUUAUUUUUCCGAGUAAUUCUUUUACUUUUGGAUAUAAUCAUUGUAAUCGCAAUAUUGGAGUACACCGUUCUUUUUUAUUUCAAUCUCUCCGACGAUAUAUUAUAUGAAUUUUAUGUGUUUAACUGUAAAUUAUUAUGAUUUUGGAGAUGGAGAAUGACCGGUGGUAGAUCCAUCGAUAAUAAGUAUGAAUGCGUGUGUGCUAAGCUUUAUUUAUAAUAAAAAAAGUCGAAAAUAAAUAGAAAAAUGUUUCAAUCGGUAAA